CUCUCUAAAUUUCUCAUCUGGUUCAUUGAUUAAUAGAUGAAACAGAUGAUCCGACGACUGUCGAGGGUGGGGGAUUCGUCGCAAUACGAAUCGCUGCGUGGGAAGGAGGGGGGGCGGGCACGGGAGGAGGUGCCGGAGGGGCACGUGCCGGUGUACGUCGGCGAGGGGGAGGAGGUGGAGCGGUUCGUGGUCCGGGCCGAGCUGUUGAGCCGGCCAGCCUUCGUCGAGCUCCUCCGCCGCUCCGCCCAGGAGUACGGCUACGAGCAGCGCGGCGUCCUUCGGAUCCCCUGCCCCGUCGCCGUCUUCCGCCGCGUCCUCCGCUCCCUCCUCGCCGCCUCCGCCGCCGAGGCCGAGGCCGAGCUCCUCCGCUCCUUCGACGAGGAGUUCCUCGCCCCUGGCGGCAGCUAGCACAAACCCAAGGUUCGUAUUACGGGUUUGUUUUACGGGUUUUCUCUUCUUGGUUCCGUUGUACAAAAGCACAACGAGAGGGGCUUUUCUGGAAACUUAUUUUUCAAUUUUUUUUCUUUUUUUUUUUGUAAAAGCUAAUUUUGUGGAAUGGAAGGAGGGAGUGAUUUUGGCUUUGUUAUUUUAUUUAAUUUGUAUUGAAAGAGUUGAUAUUUGAAAUGACAAAUUGCCCUCGAUCCUUGGAGGACUUUUUCUA